ACUUUUCAGCUGCUUCUCCCUCCGAUCAUAAUUUCAAAAAACCCAUUCCUCUCUCUCUACUCUCUCUCUAGAAUCUGAUCAAUUAGGGUUUCGGUUCUGCAAUCGGUGAUAUGGAAGAUACUUCCAGAACAGAUCACGAAGUAAAAACAUCAGAUGCAGCGAACGACGACGUUUUAUCUCACUCCGAUAACCUCCUCAUCGAUGUUUCCUCUUCUUCUAGGCUUAUUAUCGAUCGAUCAUCAGGAUCCGGGAAUGAGACAAGUGUUGACCAAACAGGAACAAUUGAGACCGAGGCUAAUAAAUCAACAAGUGAAGAGAUUGAAGAAAUGCCUAAACUGACUGAAACACUUGAACCUGAAAAAUUAAGAAAGAAUGGGAAGUUCAACUUACGCAAAAGUUUAGCUUGGGACAGUGCCUUUUUCACUAGUGACGGUGUUCUUGAUGCAGAUGAGCUGACAACUAUAAUUGAAGGAGGUGAUAAGCGUUUAAAAAAUUGUUUACCGGGAAUCGAAGAGGAAGUUUACAGAUCAAUGGAAUCAAUCUCAACGUUAGAAAGUGAUAAUUUGUCACUUGAUUGUCUUGAGGCUGAACUAUUUGAAGACAUUAGAGCUUCAAUUCAGAAUUCUAAUAAAUUAUCUAACCUGAGAAAUUCAAGUAUCAAGUUGUCAUCUGCAAAGAAAGAUUCUCAGCCGAAAGUUACCAGUACACCAAAAAAGGUGGAUCUUGAUUCUGGAAAACGGCUUGGUGCAAGAACAAAAGAUAAUAAAACUUCAUCAAUUCCGCAACCGAAGAUAACCAGCAGAGUGAAUUUAAACAUGAACUCUAUGUCAACAUUAACUAAAAGAGCUUCGUUGAGUGCUAAUCAUGCCAAGAAGGAUCAAGAUACUGCAAAGCAAGCUCAUGUUACACAGAAAGGGACUCAAACAGUAAAAACAACCACAAAAGGAUCAACGGUAACAGGAGUGAUUGCUCCUCGAAGGGGUGUCUUAAGUUCCAAACGAUCUUCUUUCGGUACUUCAACAGCCCCCAAAACGGACCCCACAAGACCAUCUUCAUCAUGUAGCAACUCUAGUAGUUGUUCUUCAGGAACUGAGGUAAAAGUAAAAUCAUCAGCAAAUAUUUUAAGAAAAAGAGUUGAUUCCAAAACUGGUAAACUCACAACCACAUUGAGAAUCCCUCAAACGCCCUCAAGGCUUAACACGAAGAUCAAACCGCCAUCUGUCAGUUCAAGUUCAAACCUUUCUUCAAGCGUAUCACCUACAAGUUCGAUAAGUGGAUUGUCUUUAGAAUCAUUGUCAUCAUUAACCUCCACUAUCACUCAAACGUCUACAUCAAGAAGCAGUAUAGAUACAUCUGUGCAGUCAGAUAUGAGUAUUCAUCAUCCAACGGAUAGAAUCUCGAAUAAAAAAGGAAAUCAACCGGUGGCUGUGCGUUCGUCUCCAACUGGUUCAGUUUCUCGACCACCUGCUGUUCAACCAACGGGACUUCGAAUGCCUUCACCUAAGAUCGGGUUCUUUGAUGCGGGAAAGUCAGGUGCUCGAACUCCAAACGGAAGCGUAAAAUCUCAAUCUAAGUUGCCAAUAGGUGCAGUUAAACCAGUAGCCACACAAUUUAGUCAAACCAGCUCAAACGGUGCAAAAUUCGGAAAGAUCCCACCACCAAAAACAUCCGCAGGUGCUACAAACAUGAAACCGAAUCCUCAAAAACUCGCCCCUAAACCAUCUCCACAACAACAAACCUUCAAACUCGAAACCAAAACUUGUCCCCUAACUUCUGAUGUUUCAGGUCAUAUGACGGACCCAUCUCAGAACGUGGACGAUAAUUCGAACAAAGAGGUACUUCCUAUCGAAUGUUUAGUUGUUGUGAAGGAUAAUAAAAUGGAUAAACCCGUUACGAAUUGCUCAAGGACUCCAUUUGCUGUCAAGAACUCUGUUACUGAUACUGAUGGUACUAGUAUGGAGGUAACUGAAAAAACUGUCAACUUUUUAUUUAUAGAAAAUCAACAGAAUGAGAACAGUGAGGUGGUUUGAUUUCAUGUUGAUUUGAUGAAGUAUUUGUCUAAAUAACUUUUUUUUUAUUUUUAGAAAAUACUAACUGCCAUUCUGAUUUCAAUGGAGAUUUGGUGUUUGUUUCUU